CCCGUGGGUUUUGUCGACAGCAACAAAACAUCCCCUCUGCUCGACCUCGCCUUGUUUUUCCUCGACAUAAACACCGCCCUCCCAGCGCCUCGGACUGCUUCCCUGUGUCUUGCACGUCCAUCUUCACCCCCCCACCCCCGUCGUCUUCACACAUCCUCCCGGCUCCCACCACCCCCUCCCCGACCCUCACACAACCUUCCACUCUACCCCACCAUGGGCGAAUCCAGACAAGAACUGUUGGCAUGGAUCAACAACCUGCUGCAGUUGAACAUGACCAAGGUUGAGCAGUGCGGAACUGGUGCCGCUCUGUGCCAGAUCUUCGACUCGAUAUUCAUGGAUGUCCCCAUGUCCCGUGUCCGGUUCAACGUGAAUACCGAAUACGCCUACCUGCAGAAUUUCAAAGUCCUUCAAAACGUCUUCGCCAAGCACCAGGUGGAUAAGCCGAUCCCGGUCGAAUCGCUCACGAAAUGCCGUAUGCAGGACAACCUGGAGUUCCUGCAGUGGACGAAGCGCUACUGGGACCAGCACUACCCGGGCGGCGACUACGACGCGGUCAGCCGUCGCAAGGCCUCGGGCGCUCCCCCGGCCGGUGGCGCGGGUCCUCGCGCCGGAGCGACCUCGGCCAGCGCGACGCGCCGCGGCACCACGCCCACCGUCGCUGCUGGCCGGGCUCCCCGCUCGGCGUCCGGUGCGGCCAGCGCGGCCAACGUGUCGGCUCUGACCUCCGAGAUCGCCACGCAGAAGGAGGCCAUCGCCGGCUUGGAGAAGGAGCGUGACUUCUACUUCGCCAAGCUUCGCGAUAUCGAGCUGCUGCUGCAGAGCGCCAUCGAGGCCGACCCUGAGCUCGAGAAGGAGGAGGAUACCCUCGUCAAGCAUAUCCAGGGCAUUUUGUACUCGACGGAGGACGGCUUCGAGAUCCCCGAGGCGGAGGCAGUCGCGGACGAACUGGAAACCUUCUGAGCUUCCUCGUCAUAAUAAUGUUGGUCCAUUAUUAAUACCCCCUUCAUCUUCAUGUGUAGCACAAGCGUUCCUCCGGUCGUCUUACGACGUCAACAAUAUCGUCUUUAUCUAGUUUUCCUUCCCUCUUCCCUUCCCUUCCAUUCCUUUCCCUUCCGUUAGACCGGGCAACGCGAGUGGGGAUGGAUCUGGUGGGAGUGAGUGGGUAGUGAGAGAGUGAGAGAGUAAGAGAGUGAGAGAGUAAGAGGGAGUGGGUGAGAUGCCAAAAAGAGUGUUUUGUCCCCAGAGUCCAGACAGCCUUUGUAUAGUUGGUAGUUAACCGAAGUCUAUUUCAUUGUGAU